AUGCCAACAUUGGAAAUUGGUGAUCCUGGUGGUACAAAUAGCGGUGGUAGUAAUAAUGUUGGAUCGGUUGAAUGUUAUGGUUGUAAUUGUAAAAUAGAAGAACGUUAUUAUCUAAUGGCUAUUGAUAAAAUAUGGCAUUUAUCAUGUUUGAGAUGUUUUGAUUGUAAUAUGUCAUUAGAACGAGAAAUGACAUGUUUUUCAAGAGAUGGACAAAUUUAUUGUAAAGAUGAUUAUGUCAAACGUUAUUGUAGUCGAAUAUGUUCACGUUGUCGUACAUUAAUUCGUCCAAAUGAAUUAAUUAUGCGUGCAAAACAGUAUAUAUAUCAUUUAGAAUGUUUUUCAUGUGUAUCAUGUAAUCAACCAUUACAUCCCGGUGAUGAGUUUGGUUUAAAAGAUGAUGAAUUAUUUUGUCGUGUACAUUAUUAUGAGUAUGAAUCAUUAUUAUCAUCUCCAUCAACAAAUCAUCCUCCACCACCACCACCACCACAAUUAUCUGCAUAUUUAAAUUCCAUACAGUAUUCACCGUUACCAUUCAUGCCUGAAGAAUCGGGCUAUUAUUCAUUACCAUUAACAGCCACAUCAAAUAAUGGUAGUGGUAGUGGUAGUGGCAGUGGUAGUAGUGGUGGAACACAUUCAAAAACAUCAACCGGUAAACGUACAAGAAAACGAAAAAUUGAUAGACAAGAAAUACCAGAUUAUAUUACAACAUCAUCGCCACCACCAUCAGUUGGUCCACAAUCCGAUUUAUUUCCACUAGACGGUUAUUAUUUGGAUGAUGUUGAAAAUUCAUUGCUCAAUGAUCCAUCGUCUAUGUCUCAACAACAUUCACAUCACAGCCAUAGUCAUCAUCAAAGACAAAAACGUGUGAGAACAAGUUUUAAACAUCAUCAAUUAAGGUGUAUGAGAUCCUAUUUUAAUUUAAAUCAUAAUCCAGAUGCAAAAGAUCUAAAAAAUUUAGCAGAAAAAACUGGUUUACCAAAACGUGUCUUACAAGUUUGGUUUCAAAAUGCUCGUGCCAAAUUUCGACGUAGUGUAUCUAGAACAGAUUGUAUUGGUACAAGUGGUAGUAAUACAACGACUACCGAUGGUAAUCCAUCAUCAACAACAGCAAUAAAUUCAUCGUCUAAAAAUAAUUGUGGUGGUGAAGAUUCGUCAAAUAUGUCAUCACCAGCCGAAUCGGAAAAAACGUCAUCAUUAAAUAUGAGCGAAUCAGAAACAUGUGGAUCGAUAUAA